AUGGAAAAUUGCAAACCCACCAGGACUCCCGUAAGCAACACCGAGAUUUUUUCAACUACUGAUGGUGCACCACCAACCGAUGCAACCCGUUUUCUUUGUUUCAAAACCCACUUUUCCAUUAACCAAUCUUCUUCAAAAGAUUGUGAAUAUUCUUAUCCUAAGACCACCUCUAGGAAGAAGGGUACAGAUUGCUGCUUAUGGGAUGGAGUGAGUUGCGACAACAUCACCGGUGAAGUCAUCAGCCUUGACCUGAGUUGCAGUUGCCUUUCUGGCACAUUCCCUUCCAACACCACCUUCUUCCUCCUUUCAAGCUUGCAGAGGCUGGACUUAUCCUUCAACGAUUUCAGGAAAUCCGAAAUUUCCUUCAACUUCAGUCGCUUUCCAAGCUUAACACACCUUAAUCUUUCCAGUUCAUGGUUUUCAGGUCCUGUUCCCUACGAAAUCUCCUAUCUCUCCAAUUUAGUUUCAUUGCAUCUUUCCUACCGUCCAUCUAUAGAUCUCAUUGGCUUUCAAGCGCCUGGACCAAUUUUGACACUUGAAAAAUCCGCUGUAAACCGAAUAGUCCGGAACUUGACACAGGUAAGGGAAAUUGAUUUGGAUGGAAUAGACAUGUCAUCCAUUGAUCCUAAUUCCUUCAUCAAUCUUUCUUACUCUCUCACAUCUCUCAGUCUUUUGGGUUGUCAUUUGCGGGGAAAAUUUCCGGACAACAUUUUCAAACAUCCUAAUAUCGAGUACCUGAGUUUGGAUGAAAACCCAAAACUCACUGGUCAGUUUCCAAAAUCCAAUUGGAGCAGUCCCCUUGUGGUUUUGAGUGCAUUCGAUUCCAUCUUCACUUGCAAACCUCGAAAACUGAGAAUUCUUGCCCUUGGUUAUAACCAAUUAGAGGGUUGCAUUCCUAAUAACCCAAAUGCAUUUCCAAAUCUAAGCUAUCUUGAUUUAUCUGAUAAUUUUCUCAGUGGUACAACACCAUCUUGGCUUUAUACCAUUCCUCUUUUAAGAUAUUUAAAUCUUGGAAACAAUCAAUUCAAUGGUCAUAUCAGUGAAUUCCAAAACAGACUUUUAAUUACAAUAAUAUUGAAAGAUAACAGCUUUCGUGGUCCGAUUCCAAGCUUAAUUUCUAAACUUGUGAACCUCACUUUCCUUGAUUUAUCGUCAAAUUUCAUUGAAGGUGGUCUCCCAAAAUUACCCCCUAAUAUCAGAUUCCUAUCAGUCUCAUACAAUAAUUUGACUGGAAAUUUUCCUCAUAUAUGCAUUUCAAAGUUUCUUGAGAUUCUCGACCUGUCUCAUAAUAACUUCAGUGGAGUUAUCCCACAAUAUAUUGGAAGCUUUAGCAAGAAUCUUUCAUCUUUGAACUUGAAGAUGAAUAAGCUCCAUGGAACCAUUCCCUCGACAUUUGCAAAACGAUGUGCAUUGAAGAAUCUGAACCUGAAUAGCAAUCAUUUGGAAGGGCCAUUGACACCUUCAAUCACCAACUGCAAAGACUUGCAAGUUCUAGAUGUUGGCAACAACAUGAUAAACGAUAGCUUUCCUCAUUGGAUCGAGACAUUAUCAGAGUUGCAAGUUCUUGUACUCCAUUCCAAUAAAUUCCAUGGUCCAAUAACGGCUCCUACGAGUUCUGGUUCUCUUCCGAAAUUGCGAAUAGUUGAUCUCUCCUGCAACAACUUUUUUGGCCCUCUGCCAACCGGCUACAUCAAAAAUUUCAAAGGAAUGAUCAAUAUUCUUGAUGAUGGCCAAGGGGUGAGAUACAUGGGGGAAAGAAAUUACUCGUAUAACUUUUCUGUUACUAUAGCUGUUAAAGGGUUUGAGAUUGAAUUGAUGAAGAUUUUAACUAUUUUCACAAGCAUUGAUCUCUCAAGCAACAACUUUGAAGGACAAAUUCCAAGAGAUAUCGGAGAGCUUAGUUCGCUCCGAGGGCUUAAUCUUUCUCAUAACAAUCUCAUUGGGCAUAUACUAACUUCACUUAGAAAUAUGACUCGGCUUGAGUGGUUGGAUCUUUCGUCCAAUAAGUUGAGUGGGCAGAUUCCAACGGGAUUGCUAGAUCUGACAUUCCUUUCCGUCUUUAACGUUUCAUAUAAUCAACUUGUUGGACGCAUACCACACGGUAAUCAGUUCAACACUUUUGAAAAUGCUUCGUACCAAGGAAACGAGGGAUUAUGUGGCGUUCCACUCUCUAGAGGCUGCAGCAACAAGGUGUUGGGACAACCACUCCCCGCACCAUGGACGAAUUCCCACGAAGAUGGUGGCUGAAAGCUUGAAUUUGGGUGGAAAGUAGUUGCGAUCGGUUAUGGAUUUGGAUUCAUAUUUGGAGUGGCAACCGGAUGUGGUUGUCUUCGAACGGGUAAGCCCAAAUGGUUCGUGACCUUGUUUGGAGCUCGAAGAGGACGAAGGUGAAAAUCCUCCAAAGUUAAGGCUGAAGGUUAUGAUUAACAUUUGUUUUCUGAGUUUGGUUACAGAGAUUGCAGGUGCAUGUUUGUUAGAAUUUCAGCAGAGAUUAGGUGAUUAUGGUUUGCCUUUGUGUUGUGAACUGUCUCGGUUGAUUAGUGGUUGAUCUAUUGUAUUCAGCUAUUAAUAAAUUUCAUCACAAUUAUCACAAGCACUGCCGCAAGCUAUAAUUUUCAUUCAAUCCAUAUUUAGUUUUCAGAUUUUG